GUCUCGAAGCGCUCAGAAGGGCUUUUCAAGCAGGAGAGUGGCGCCAGCAUUGCAUAGGGGCAGGCAUGCUGUCCGAGGCUGCCCUGACGGGGGCGGGCCUCUCGCAUCCACCCAUCAGUGAGGCCGAUGCGGCGAAGGAGCCCUUCAGGUGGGUGGAGGAGGUCUCCCACUACUGCAGGUCGGUGGUGUCCCUCAACACGUUGAGAAAUUUGAGGGGAACAAGGCGACAGACACAGACAGAAGGGAUGCAUCUUCGCUGACUGACUGACUGCAGGGACAACGUCGACAAUAUCCCCGAAUCUACCGAAGUCAUCAUCAUCGGCAUGGGUGGGUGAGCCAUGCAGAAGGACAGACAGAAGUCGUCUCUGAUGCACGCGUGAAUCCUGCCUGUCUGCCUGUCUGCCUGUGUGUGUGUGUGGGUGUGUGGGUGCAGGUCCAUGUGGUUUGUGUUUGGGCGCUGAGCUGCACCUGCGAGGGAUCGAUUUUAUCAUCAUCGACCGAUGCCCGCGGGUCAUUCCGGUGUCCACUGCACUGGCCAUUCACGUCAAGACACUCGAGAUCUUCGAACGUACACAACACGCACACACACACACACACGCACACAGGCGGCCGUGCAAUGCUUGGUUUGUUUGUUUGUUUGUGUGUGUGUCUGUCUGUCUGUCUGUCUGUCUGUGUGGCGUCAGGCCUGGGGAUCAUCAACGAAGUUCUCGAGAGGGCGGUGGAAGUGGUGAGUGGACAGAAAUGAGAUCCGCCCCCGGACACACGGCAUGCAGUGGAUGUUGUUGUGCUCGGCUCGAUUUGUGUGUUUUGUUUGGUUUGUUUUGUGUGUGAUCAGAGGGGCGAGCGGCUGUUCGUCAACGGGCAGAUGGCUGUGGACUUCGCUUUCGACGAGUGCCAGACGAGCCACCACAAGUUCCCCGUCGUUAUUCCACAAGACGAGCUCGAACACAUCCUAACCAAGGCAAUCGGUGCGCCGUGCCUUCACCCACCCAUCCAUCCAUCCAUCCAUCCUUUGUCAUACAAUGCGCCCACGCGCGUGUGCAUGCGCAGGCCCCCAUCGAUGGAAAGCCCCCCUGUGGGUGCAUUCGCUCGAGGCCUCCGACCAAAGACAACAGCCCGAGUCGACCCUGGCUGACGCGACGGCGGGUAUGGGUGUGAGUGUGAGUGUCCAGGCCAUCGAGCUGACGCCAGAGAUCAUCCAGCACUGCGCACACGGCACCCCUUUGCCCGAGGGGAGCGGGCUGGUGUUCAGGGGAGAGGCCAAGACCAUCCGCGGCAAGUACUUGGUGGGCGCUGACGGGGCGGCCAGUAGGGUGCGGCAGGAGAUGGGAAUCAAAUUCGGCGGCAAGACGCUGCCAUACGAGUGAGUAGUGGAGGGAGUGCCGGAGAGAGAGCCAGGCCAGGCGUGUUGAUGUAUCUGGUGUGUCGAUGCGAUGACUGUUUAUCCAUCAGGUACGUGAGCGCAGACGCGCACAUCCGCUGGGGCAUCCCAGCCAACCUCAACAGGUGGAACUGCCUCACGGCCAACGGCCACCUGGUGUCGUGCAUCGCACUCACCAACGACCGGUGGCGCGUGACGACCCUCCGCUGGACCGGCCAGGACGAACAAACCACCCUUCUCGACAACAAUCGACGACCCCAGUUCCCCUCACAAGACGAACUCGAAGACCUCCUCAACCUGGUUGGUCACUUCGCACCCUUCUCAGCGCUGUUCCUUGAUGGUGUUGUUAUGUUGGUUGUUUCCCAUUGAUCAAUCAGGUGGUGCCUGGCACAAAAGUGCAGCAGAUGCUGUUCCGGACGGUCAUGCCGGUGCACUCGCGGAGCGCGGAGCGGUACUCCGCCGCCGGGGGGCGGGUGUUCCUCAUCGGCGACGCUGCACACGCCUUCCCACCGCUGGGAUACCUGGGCAUGAAUGUCGGCGUGGACGACGCCUCCAACCUAGGUGUCCAUUGAUGGAUGGAUGGACGCGUCAAUGAUCCACCACUCUGUGUGUGUGUGGGUGUGGGUGUGUGUGUGUAGGGUGGAAGCUGGCGCGUGUGUGUCGUGGGCGUGCGGCGCCUGAGCUGCUCGACACGUACGACGGCGAACGGAGACCUGUGGGCGGUGAGUGAGUGAUUGAGGGAGGGAGACAGAUGAGCCACCUUAGUCAGAAAGACAUAGGCUCUCUCUCUCCCACUGUGUGUGCAGAGAAGGUGGUCAAGUACACAACCAUGGGGUACAACGACGUCCUGCUGGCAUACGAAGGCAAAAAGUCAAGUCGGUGACACACACACACACAGAGAGAGAGAGAGAGAGGGAGAGAGAGGCUGCCACUGUCUGUGUGUGUAUGUGUGAGUCUGGUCUGUCUGCUGUGUGUGUGUGCAGAGAGCUGGGGCGCGUUCAUGUUGAAGCACCUGCUGCCUUUGCUAUUCCGCGCGCCAUACGUGUCCUCCACUCUCAGCACGGCCAUAUCCAUGACCAACAUCCAGUACUCGCCACAAACCAGGUACACACAUGGGCUGCAUGCCGUAGCGGAUGGAUGGAUGGAUGUGGUGUGGUGUGAUGGUCAGUGCGUUGUCUGACAAGCACCGCGUGCCGUCUGCCUCGGCCAUGCCCGGCUGGCGGCUGCCCGACACCAUGCUCGAACUCAUAAACGAGUCCUCCGUCCUCAGAUGCAGGCUGCACCAGGCACACACACACACACACACACAGGCACACACACAAAGAUUUCCUCACACGACACUCUGUGUGUGUGUGUGUGUGUGUGUGGGUAUGUGCUGUGUGCAGAUCUUGCCGAGUCCCCAUUUCGCGUUGGUGAUGACUCUGUGUCUGCCGAGCACGCCCCCGCCGAUGAGGGCGAGCUUCAUCAACUGCGCGUGUGCCGAGGACUGCCCCUGCUACUGCUGCAGGAAACGACGACUCAACACAAGUGAGUCUUUGAGACAGACAGAGAGUGGGCGUCUGGGUGGUUGAGCGUGGAAUGCGUGUGUGCAGUGGGGAGCACCAUUCUGUGGCUGGUGCACCUGGCUGGCGGUGUGAUGCGCAAGCUGGGACACCCAAACCAUUCGCCGUGGGGCGGCGUCCAGCCUGUCGUCGUGCUCGUGAGCCAACCACCCACACACCCACACACAUCUGUCACACUGAUGGCAUCAUGUGUGUGGGUGUGCAGACGUUCCCCAAGGGCAGUUCGCCGAGCCCGCUGAGGAUAGAGGUCCCCGGCCAGAAGGACGAAAGUCUCGCGGCGCUUCUGUGGGACGUCAAGGCCAGGCUGCAGCAAAAGUGAGCCGCUGAGACACACCCACGCCCCCACCCACCCAUAGACAGCACAAGAGUGCCUGCAUGCGCGUGUGUGUAUGUGUGUGGGAUGGCUGCAGGUUGAGUGAGAUAGUGGGUCCGCUGGAGCUGCCUGUAGGGUGGGAUGUGACGGGCGAGAUCCGCCAGCUGCUGGGGCCGGGCAACCCCCUCCCGCCAUGCCCUGGUGCCUUCCACCUCCUCAGACCUGACGGCGUCAUCGCCUGCAAUGGUAUGUAUCUUCACACCACACACACGCACACGGCAGUAUCAGUGUGUGUGUGUGUGUGUGUGCAGGUGUUGCGGGUGACUUUGAGGCAGCGUCGAGUCUGCUCAAGGGCAUCCGGCAGUACCUGAGCACCAAGAAGGCCACCAACACCACACAGCAGGGCGGCGCACCCAACGCACCGCCACCACCAGGAGCACCAGCAGGGACCGCCCCGAUGCACCUGCAGAACGGCCACUAUCCGCAGCAGCAGGACAGCCAGACUCAUGAGGAGACCCUCCUGCGGCUGACCCGCCCUGGCAGCCGCAGCUUUGUGCAGAGCGACACACAGUGAUCCAUCAAGAGGGAGGGAUGGAGGGAGGGAGGGGGGCGUGUGGUUGUGUUGUGUUGUGCAAUGUAGGCCAGUCAAGUCUGUUGUGGUUUGUUUUUUGUUUCUGGGUGGCUUGUGGGUGGGUGUGACGUGUCGGCUGAGGUGGCGUGACUUUAUUCAGCGAGGCAGGCAGGCAGGCAGGCAGGCAAGCCCCCGAGACGGGGAGAGGUAUGAUGGUACGUGCCUUGCUCGGUUUGGUGGGGUGCACUGGCAGUAGGGAAUUGGGUGGCUGGGUGUGUUUUAUAUUCUAAAGCACGCAGACACACACCCACACACGUGUGCCUUCAUAUGUGUCCUUCGUGUCUGUGGACGACGUGGCGUUGGCUGCAUUGCAAUGUGUCCGUUGGUUCUUGUUGCUUCUGAGGGCUUACGAGGGCUGGCUUGGCUGACGGGCUUGGUUCCACUCAUCUCAGAGAGUGGGUGAGUGAGAUAUUUGGGCGUGGCGUCCGUCGUGAGUGUGUCCACAACAAGGGGGCUCGGGAAGUCGAUGGAUCGGUGCAGUUGCCUGUGUUGCGUGUGUGAUUGUGCCUCUGUGUGUGUGCCUCUGCGCGUGUCCUUUAAGAGAGAGUAGAAAGACCAUUGACGGAGAGAGAGAGGAAGUAUGUGUGCGUGUGUGUGUGCGUGCGUGUUGGUCUUUUUCGUACGAGUAAGAAAAGUAGGUAGGUAGGUAGGUAGGUGUUUUUGCCUCACACUGAGUCAGCCCAGCGUCACAUGCUACCGGCGGCGUUUCGUCUGCUCUCCUCCCAGAGACCAGACCAUACACACACUAACUGCAGAGGUGGAUGCAUCUGACGUGACACGCAGCAGUGAGUGAGUGAGUGAGUGAGGGGCGGGGGGACGUACACACAUAUACACAUUGACGAGGGAGAGCCGCGUUACGUACGCACAGACCUGCAGACGAUGACAGAGUGUCUGUCUGUCAGACUGACUGACUGACGUCAGUCACUGAGACUGACGCUCAUCUACACACACACGUGUUUUCUCCACAUAUGACCCUCACAUAUAUAAUUAUUCUGUGAUGAAUGAACACACACACACACGCACUCGGCGUCCAUGAGAGUGAGACCUUUCGUGUGGGGUUUUGAUCGCGCGAGCGGUGGACGAGGGGGGGAAGAAUAUAUUUGUCAAUAUUGAAGCG